CAAGCGCCGUUUGUGCGCCACGUUCAUUCAGUCUGUGGACGACUUUGCGCCUGUACGUAUCAUACACGCACCGUUACGUUACGUAAGCGGGCACAAGACGUUCACGUUCGAACACGCACGCCAACCUACACACACACGCACACUCACAUAUGCUCAGUAGGCAUUAACGUUUGUGCAUUUUUCUGCAUUCUUUUGCCGCGUGCGCCAGCAACAGCAACAGCAACAACAACAACAUUUAACAGCUGCAAUUGCAACUGCAACUGCAACUGCAACAGCAAACAGACGCAGCAAACUAGCAAAAGUGUCAUAAAAGUUUUGCGCGCGCGUCUCACUCAAAUCGUCGCGUGUGGCUUUUGAUCAACAAUAACAACUUUAAAAUGAUAUUGCAGAUCCAUUGAGUGUGUGUGUUACAGUGUUUUGUUUAUUAACUUAAUCUAUGCUGAUCGUUUAAAACUAUAACUUUCAAUCAAAAGCAAUCAAAGUGCGUGAAGUGAAGCAAAAACCAAAUUCAAUUACAUCUAUGCCAGUUAUAAAAGGCUACAAAUAAGCAUAAAGUUUAAUACUGCUGCUCAACAAACAAAAAACAAACGACAGAACAGCAGCAGCAGCAGCAGCAGCAACAUGAGAGCAGUUCAGUGACAUGGCCGAAGGCUGUGAGGAUUCGGUUGCUGCCGCUGAAGCCACAACGUCUCAGUAUAAGUUAGAUAAGAUGCUGGGUACCGUGCUACCUUGUGAGGCAGCAAUUAUUGCAACACCCGGCAGCAGCAGCAACAGCAAUAACAACAGUAACAACAGCAGCAGCAGCAUAGUAAAGCGAGAAUUUUGUGAUGCCAGCCUGAUGCCAGGUGCCAGUGUUAAUAACAACAACAGCACCACCAACAACAACAACAACAACAAUACCAAAAUGCAAGCAUUAAUAUGCGCUAACAACAACAACAACAGCAGCAAUAACAACAACAGCAGCAGCAACAACAACAAUGCAAAUAGCAGCAGCAGCUCUUCAUCGUCUUCAUCAUCGUGCUCAUCCACAUCGUCUUCAUCAUCGACCAGCACUCUAACCAGCUGCACCACAGCAGCCGUAGUGCCCUCCAAUAGCUCCACAAAUGCCAACAAAUCUCCCAGCUCCGGCUCACCGUAUUCCCAAAGCGGCAACAUUGGCAUCGCCGCCAUGGCCAGUCCACUGCGUGAGCACAGUCCGCUGCUCCCAAGUCGCUGCUCGCCUGCGGUCGCCGCAGCGCAGUCGCCACGCGGCGCUGCCACGCCCACAUCACAGCCAUCAGCAUCGCCGCACAGCUCAUCCCAAGUGCUAGCCCUGGCGCUCAACAUUAAGACCGAGUCGGUGAGUCGUUAAAUGCAACACACAAAUUUGUUUUCAUUACAAUCGAUUUAUGAGCA